GAACCGAAGUGGGGGGACGGGACACGCAUCGCGAUGUGGCGGCCGCAGCCCCAGCCGGGCGGUACCGACAGGCGGCGCCGCGGCGGGGCGGGGGAGGCGGCGAGCCCAGAUUCAGUCCUAUCCAAGAUGUGCUCGUAAGUCUGAAAAUCACCCAGGAUCAGAGAGAUUUACACAAGGUCUCUGCUUCAGUGUGCUAAGUGAAUUGAGAAUGAAGGAGGAGUGCAGAGCAUUGCUAUGAAUAGGGUGUGCAGGAGCAGUUAAUACUUGCAGGCUCUCUUAGUAAAAAGAAACAGGCAAAAAGACCUGGAUACAUGAGGCCAGAAGCUCAGCGACAGAUAGCGUUUCAGUCCCUGGGUGCCUGCAAGCCAUUCAACCCAGAAGCACUCAAACCUGGCAGGCAGCAUUGUGGAGACUUUGAGAACUGCUCUCUAUGCAGACAGUACAAAAAUAACUUUGAAUUCUUACGCUGUAGUUCAGUUGCAAAUAGUGCUGUAGUUCCCACUAAUGGGGUAGCAACAUUGGCCACUACUGGAAAUAUGCCCGGGAGCUGCAAAAAUAGUUCAUGUUACAAGAGUCUGCAGACAGAAAAGACAGUGAUACCAGUUUACUCUGCCACAGCAACAAGCAAAGGAGAUGUUUCUGCAAUGUGUUGUACGCAGCAGAAGAGCCAUGGUGCUAAAGUGAGUGAGCCCCAGAAGAUGUGUGCUUUGGAUCACACAGAAGUGAAUAACAACUGUGAAUAUCAAAUCAGAGAUGUUUCUCAUUCUGUUGGUGCACAAGAUAGCUUUAGUUCAAGUUUCAGCUUCAUACAGCUCUCCCUGAACUCAUCAUCUGGAGUAAAUGAUGCUGAAGGCAAGUCAACCGUCGAGGAAGCCGAGUGUGUUCUGCAUCCCAGCACUACAGGAAAUCUGCAGAAGCUGGAGGAGGUGACACAGACACAUUGGCACUUGGAAGCUCUGCAUUGCCUCUCCAGGCCCAGAGAGGAUUUUGAUUAUGAAAAUGAGACAGCAGUGAAUGAUAAGCCACAGGAUUGUGAGACACUCUCUCUCUUGGAUACAGAUGCAAUGUUUUUGUAUUCUACAGAUUCCUCAGAUGCAGCAUCUGCUGGUUCUUCUGUCACCUCAGGCUAUGAAAGUAGCUUUACUGUUAGUGACCAUAACUGGGAUACUUUGAUGAAAAAGUAUGAACCAGUACUACAGGACUGCCUGCUUGGCAACCGCAGUACAUUAAAGAUAAAAUCCUUAAUCUUACGGCUUCAGAGGCUUCAGGAAAAAGCAAUAGAGGAAGAUGACUAUGAUAGAGCUGAUAAACUUAGACGGAAACUGGAUGAACUGGAGAAAGAGAAAAAAUCCUUAAAAUUUCAGCUUCCUUCAAGGCAUCCUUCAAUUAGCAGUUUUUUGGAUAGUUUUGUUACCCAAGUUCAAGCAGCAUUGUGCUGGGCUGCUGAUCAUUGGGUUAGAGAUGAAGAAACCCAGCUUUGGCAUGAAAAUGAACAUAAACUUUUGAGAUCCGCCUACCAGGAGAGAAUGCAGGUUUCAGCCACAAAACGAAACCAACUUUUUCAAGAAAAGAAAUGGUUACAGAAAGAAAUUGAAGACCUCCAAGCAAGACUGGCCAUAUUAGAAGCAAAAGAUCAACAACUAAGAAGAGAAAUUGAAGAACAAGAUAGGCUUAUUCAGUCACAGGACUGUGAACUGACUGCUUUACUUGGCUGUGUUUCUUUGAGAGAGCUACAGGAAAUAAGCAAGGCUGUGGAUGACACUUUAGCAUCAUCCUAUCAAAUUCCAUUCAGUCUGGAUCUUCCAGGGACAGUAAAGAGCCUUCAGGAAAAAGAACAAUCAUUCAGCAUCUCCAUUAAAGAAACUACUGCCAAAGUUUGCACAAGUCAGAAACUCUGCAGCUCUUUGAGGAGGAAAGUGAGUGAUAUUGAGACUCAACUACCAACUCUACUUGAAGCCAAAAUGCUGGCUGUUUCAGGAAGUAAUUUUGGAACUGCGAAGGAUCUUUCAGAAGAAAUAAGAUCAUUAAUGUCUGAGAAGGAGGGACUGGAAGGACUUCUCAACGAACUAUUGGUUCUGAGUGCCCGAAAUGUCCAGAAAUUAGAGAGAAUUAAAGAUGAUUACACCAGAUUGAAGCAAGAACUUGAACAAGGAGAGGCUGCCUUUGUGACGACUGUAAAAGAAAAUGCUGAAAAAUACAUGGAGAUGCUGGAGGAUAAACUACGUAGCUGCAGGAGCCAGCUGCUCCAAAGAGUGUGGGAAGCUGACUUGGAGGCCUGUCAGCUGUUGAUCCAAGGGUUUCAACUGAAAGAAACUAGUUGCUGUGGUUUUGAGGAAGACAAGAACCAAAUGGAUGAGAUGGAGAUGACUGGUGGAGGCCCAUCCGAUUCCGAGAAAAGAAAAGAAGAUCACUCUCCAAAGGGCACAGAGUGGAGCACUGUUCCCUGCCCUAAACACUGUGAGCUAAAAGAGGUUAUGGAAGACAUUUCAUUUGGAGCAGAAGGUCAUUUAUCUGAGGAGUUCUUCAUGUUUUCUGCAGAGUUGGGAGAAAAAUGCGAAGUAAUAAGUGAGAAAUUGAUGCAUCUGGAAGAUCAGCUGCAAACUUCCAUCUGCAGAGUUGAUGAAGGUGUUAUUCAGUCUUUGCAGAGGGAGAUCCAGGUGGUGAAGGAGACACUCCAGACCGUGCUUGUGCAACUUCAGCCAGCCAGAGAGGCAGGAGAAGAAAAGGCUGGAGACUUCUUCUGUGACAACUGGUAUCCAGGAAAACAAGACUUAAGGAAUAAUGAGUAGAAAGAUCUGGUAGGAUGACCUUCGUUCACAAAGAGCUGCUUUUAGUAACUCAAUAUCGUUUUACCAAGCCUCAGGGAUCUCUUCUCUCCCUGCAUAACUAAUAACUAAAUCAAUUAUGGAGAAACAGAGCCUGGAGGUCUAUCAUCAGAAGUAUUCUACACAGCCUCACAUGUUUUGGCACAGAUUGGGAAACAGCUUUCGAGCAGAGCAGCUCCUGUAAAAUGUGUAGAUUACAAAUUGAUACAUUUCAAGUGAGUCUACAAAGUUGCCUUUAAUGUCAGUGAAAUGUUCUUGAAGACUGUGAAAGGUAUCUGUCUUCCUUACUCAUGGAUUUUUUUUUUUCAUCCACAAUUUGACAAUGUAGCAUUAAAGCUGGAACAUUAGUAUUUCUUGAGAAAUAGCUGUAAGAAUAAUAAGAACUUUUUUUUUUUUCCUUUGGCUUUAACAGCUUUCUUACACUGAAUGUAUUUUCACAGUAAUUAAAUCAACAGGAUGAAAUUCAAGCUAACCAAGUUCUUUCAACUGAAAUUUGGAUUUCAUUUACUAAGUGGUAUUGAAUAGAGUGGUGGUAACUAACAGCUGCCUCUAUAACAGUAGUUUAACUCUCUUCAUUAGGUAUUAAUAGCAAUUUGUUUUAGUACUACAGGGGUUGUAAAGCACAAAAAAUACUGUUUGUGAUUUGGGUUCAAUAUAUUUAAAAACUCUGUGAACAAGAAGUCAUUUAAGUCUGCUUGUAAAGUUUAUUACUAUUAUUGUAUCACUUUGAUCUUCCUUAUAAAUGUAGAAGGAAUGCAAGUUUUGGUUUUUUUGCAAUAGGCAUGUAUGGAUAUAUAUACAUACUUAAACAUGUAUUUUUAUAGGAAAUAAUUCAUGUUCAACUGAAACCUACAAAUAUAAAUGACCUGUAUUUAGAUCAUUGUUCAAAACCGUAAAUGCCUUUAGAAGUUCACCAUGUACUCUCACUUGGAUAACAGUAUACAUCUGUUGUCACAAAAAAUUCUGCUUCUGCCAUUUGUUGCAGAGGGAAAAUUUGUUUAAAAUCUGAUUUUUUUCUUUUUUUUUAAAACUUAACAAAUAAAGAAAAUGUCUUGCAGCUCAGUACUGUAUUUUUUAUACUAUUUUUCUGACAUUUUUAGAAUUACUUUUUUUUCUGCUACUUCAAUGACUCAUUUUAUAGUCACAUUGUGAAGGUUUUUGCAGUUUUUGAAGGUCAUUGGACUACUAGCCCACUAAGAUUGUGUUCAUUUUCUCUCUGUGUUUUAAUACUAGUUGAAACUUCUACCUCAAUAUUAAGUACAUACAGAGGAACGGUAAAAAACAUGCCAGGCAGCUGAGACACAACAGGAUUAUAAUUGCAUCCAGACAUAUACGGUUGUCAAAUCAGGGGAGCAGAGCUCAGGUUUCUGUAGUCAUCAGAUUCUUGGGGCGGAAUUACAGCCCUGUUAAUCAGAACAUGAUUGACUUUUCUCAUUGUAUGUGGGCCAGCAGCUGUGUUGUGGUGAGGACUCGCGGAUCUCCACCUUGCAUGGGCUCUGCUACUUGGGUUCCCAUCUGCAGUCUUAAAUGGAGAUCUCUUGCUGCUCUACUGCUGCUCUGUUUGGCAAGUUUCUUUCUCCAAGUUUUUCUGGAUAGUGCCUGUUCAAUACCUACCUCCUAAAGUAGAUUUGACACUUCCUGAAACUCCCUCAGAGAGAUGAGCGAGGCAUUUACUUGUGACAAUACCUGGUCAGCCUGACAAGCACAGCCAGCAUUCUGUGGCACUGACAUUCAGCCCAUGCACGGGACCAGCUGCCCUGGGAAACUCUGGCUAGGCACAUAGAGCCAGGCUGCCUGGGGAUGUUAGCCAGGAAGCACUCACUGGAAACCCACACGAGUUCAGGUAAACAGAAAGAAAAGCAAACUGACAAGACUGAACGCUUUUACACCUGUUUCCUUAAGACCAGUAGAAGCUGUCCCUGGGUCAAAGCCACAGAGAGCCUGGGUAUUGAGUUUCUAGUAACGAGCAUUUAUCUAGGAUCAUGAGGACACCCCAGAGAUGAUGGCCAGUACACUAAGAUUGCACGAACCACUGUGCUACACACAGAAGGAUAUGUGGAGUUUUGCUCUUUGAAUACAGAGUACGUAGUACCUGUAGUAUAAAGAGUAGACACUGUGUCUUAGAUAUGAUGAGCCAUAGCUGAAGCAUGAAAUAUGCUUCCUUGCAGCAGCAAGGGCUCAACAAGGAUAGUAACCAUCCAUCCCAGAAGCAAAAGAACAGUACCCUCGUUCUCACUAGCAAGGUUUCUUGAAGACAUUCACGUACAAUUAAUAAACCUGUAUGGUUUUUGUGUUUCACAGCUUCAUAGCACUGAUGCAUUUUAAUAAAAACUCAACUUAUGCAACCACUCCAGUAACACACUGAACUAUGGAGGAGAAGGGAAACUGAAUCAGUCAUUGUUCAUGUCAUAUUCAUAUCUGUUAACAAUUAUUUUAUGCAUAAUGUGGACUACUGGUACUUAAAUUUAUUAUUCCAUUAACUUCACUGCUUGUUGUGGGAAGUUAGAGCCAGUAAUCAUUCCUUUUCUCAGACAUGCUGAAUAAUAAUCAUAAUAAAAAAGUAUACUGUGCAAUGUAUCAGCUGCCUUUU